AGCCGCAAAACCUCCCCUAGCGGUGGUCGUGAGCCUCAAAAGUAAAGCAGGGUUCGGUAAUUUCAUUUUAGCGUCGCUAGAGUUAAAAAAGUUAACGCUCGGUGACUGAAAACUUGGUGCAUGUGAGCUUUUCGUCAUAGCCUUCUUUAAUGAUAGAAUAAACGAAUGCGCACGCGGACACGUGCGUUGAAAUAACGUAAACAAAAGUUUGUGUAGCCGCGGGAGUUCCGCCGUUCCGUUCUUGUUUGAUGAAUGGGUCGUUGUUGUGCUCUGAAGUGCCAGAACAGAGCUUCCAGGGGAAUUCGCUUGUUCAAGCUGCCGAAAUCCCCGAGGAGACGGAAACUGUGGCUUUCAGGAAUCAGGCGUGGCGCGGGGUGGAAACCUCCCGACAGAACGUACCUUUGCGAGGACCACUUCGAGCCCUCCCAGUUCCAGACGAGGUGCUCUGACGGCUGGAGGAGGCUAAAAGCCACAGCUGUUCCGAGCUUGUUUCUGCAUUCUGAAAGUCAAAUGAGCCGGAAGAUCAAGCAGCUGGAGAACGAGAAUCAUCGCUUGGUGAGGCAGGCUGCCUUACAAAAGACAAGGGAAGCGACAUUCUGGUCUCACUUGCACGAGUUCUUCACUGUGGACCAACUGGCAGCUCUAUCGAGAUCCAGCAACAGGGGGUCCAAGUGGUCUAAUGAGACGGUGAAGAAGUCGCUGCAGAUGCGAUCUGCAUGUGGCAGCUUGGGCUACGACUUGCUACUGGAGGGGAGCUUCCCAUUGCCGUCGUCUAGAACUCUAGGGCGGCGGCUUGAAGGUGAGCACUGCCCUACGGGUCCUCAGUCACUCCACGGCCACUGCCCUGCGCUUCCUGGUGGAGAAACAUGGCUGGAGCACCAACUUCCUCACCACGGCUUGGUUCUUGGAACAGAGGCACGAGACCCAUGUCCCCUCCAUGGUCAU